CCNCCCCCCCCCGCGCCAAAGUCCCUUCUGGCUGAGUUCCCCCGGAGACAGGUCCGCAGGGUGGAUGGUUCAGCUUCAGCCUCCUGCUUUGUCUGCCCUCGGCCCUUCCUGGCCUAGACUCUGGUGCACUCAGGUUUCUGUCUCUCUAACAUCUGCCAUUCUGGCCCUCAGUAGCCUGCUCCUGGUCACCUGUGUGUCCCUGCCCCCAUCCCUGUGUCCUCUCUGCCUUCUGCUCCCUCUCGUGUCCAUCUCUUUCUGACCCAGGCCUUGCUUCUCUCCUCCCCAUUUUGCAGAUGGGAAGGUGGAGGCCAAGUGCUUGACCACUUGACCUCUGGGAGAACCUUCUCCCCACAUCCCCCCAGCCCUUAGUAACUCUCUCAGCCCGCUUCUUGCUGCAGGAUAAACUGAGACCUGAGGCGGGGACAGGAAUCAGCACUCUCGUAAGGAGCGCUCCUUUUGUGGCCCGGGCAGCAUCCUGCGGCCCCUCCCCUGCCAGGCCGCCGGGGCGGGGGAGGGGGCCUGGGUUCCCGCUGCCUUAAAAGGGCUCAAUGUCUUGGCUGUCUCCUCCCUCCCCCAUCCUGGGCCCUGGCUGCUGCUUCCCGGCCAGCCCACUCUCCCUGAACCCCAAACCCUCUCCAUAACCCACAGUAUCUUCCUUUAUCCUUAGCUGUACCCAUCGCCCUCUCCCUCCUGCCUCGGAGGCUCCCAGCUUCUUCCAAGCCUCCCUCUCCCCCUGCCCCUGAGUCUCUUGCCUCCACCCUCUGCCCUCUCCCUCCCAGACUGCCCUCUGCCACAUUGCUGGCUCUAGGACCUUGGGCAGAGGACUUCACCGAUCUUGAGCUUUGGUUCCCCAUCUGUAGAUAAGGAGAGAUAGUAAAACCUCCUUCUGGAGUUGAGAACACAGGAUGCACUUGACCGAGUCUGCAGCACUGGUGCCCAGGCUGCAGGUCCACGGCUUCGUCUCCCUCUCCUGUUCCUUCUCCUGGCCCCAAGCCUGAACUCGGGAUUUCCCAAAGUGUGGGCCACAAGCCACCUGCAUCUGAGCCUAAGCGUCCUUUCAGCAGACUUGUUACCUCAACCCGUUCAUCCUGCACCCUGGAGAGCCCUCUGGCCUAAUGUUCUGUCCCAGAAAGGGGUUCGCAGACAUCACACCUCUCUCCAUAGGAGGGUAGUUUAGGGCCCCCCAAACCUCACAAAACGUUUAUGUGAAGACGGAGGCAGACAGCCCUAAGGAGAGAGGCAGGGACAGGGGACCGAGGGUGGGACUGCCUCGUCUCCAACGUCAGUCCCUGUGAUUCUGGUUCCCUCCACGCCUCCAGUGGAGCCCAUCGCGGCGAGGCUUAAGGAGGUCCGACUGCAGAGGGAGGACUUCGAGAUUUUGAAGGUGAUCGGACGCGGGGCGUUCAGCGAGGUGGCGGUGGUGAAGAUGAAGCAGACGGGCCAGGUGUACGCUAUGAAGAUCAUGAAUAAGUGGGACAUGCUGAAGAGAGGCGAGGUGUCGUGCUUCCGCGAAGAGAGGGAUGUGUUGGUGAAUGGGGACCAGCGUUGGAUCACGCAGCUGCACUUCGCCUUCCAGGACGAGAACUACCUGUACCUUGUCAUGGAGUACUACGUGGGCGGGGACCUGCUAACGCUGCUGAGCAAGUUUGGGGAGCGGAUCCCGGCCGAGAUGGCGCGCUUCUACCUGGCCGAGAUUGUCAUGGCCAUAGACUCGGUGCACCGGCUGGGCUACGUGCACAGGGACAUCAAACCGGACAACAUCCUGCUGGACCGCUGCGGCCACAUCCGCCUGGCUGACUUCGGCUCCUGCCUCAAGUUGCGGGCAGAUGGAACGGUGCGGUCGCUGGUGGCUGUGGGCACCCCGGACUACUUGUCUCCCGAGAUCCUGCAGGCGGUGGGCGGCGGGCCGGGGACUGGCAGCUACGGGCCCGAGUGUGACUGGUGGGCGCUGGGCGUGUUCGCCUAUGAAAUGUUCUACGGGCAGACGCCCUUCUACGCCGACUCCACGGCCGAGACCUACGGCAAGAUCGUGCACUACAGGGAGCACCUCUGUCUCCCGCUGGCCGACACAGGAGUCCCAGAGGAGGCUCGCGACCUCAUCCAGCAGCUGCUGUGUCCCCCGGAGGUGCGCCUGGGCCGGAACGGAGCAGGGGAUUUCCGGAAGCAUCCUUUCUUCUUUGGCCUUGAAUGGGACAGCCUCCGAGACAGCGUUCCCCCUUUCACGCCAGAUUUCGAGGGUGCCACGGACACGUGCAACUUCGAUAUGGUGGAGGACGGGCUCACUGCCAUGGUGAGCGGGGGCGGGGAGACGCUGUCGGACAUGCAGGAAGGCAUGCCGCUGGGCGUCCACCUACCUUUCGUGGGCUACUCCUACUCCUGCAUGGCCCUCAGGGACGAUGAGAUCCCGGGCUCCACACCCAUGGAACUGGAGGCCGAGCCAUUGCCUGAGCCCAGCCUGGAGCCCUCAGUGCCCCCACCAGGGGAAACGGUUGAAGCGGCAGUUCCGGAGACCAUUCCGGAGGCAGUGGCAGAGCCGGAGGUGACGCUGCGGGAGCUCCAGGAGGCCCUGGAGGAGGAGGUGCUGACCCGGCAGAGCCUGAGCCAGGAGCUAGCGGCCAUCCAUAAGGCCAACCAGAACUUCGCCAGUCAACUCCGUGAGGCCCAGGCUCGGAACCGCGACCUGGAGGCACACGUCCGGCAACUGCAGGAGCGGAUGGAGUUGCUUCAGGCCGGGGGAGCCGCAGCUGUCACGGGGGUCCCCAGUCCCCGGGCUACGGAUCCACCUUCCCAUAUGGCCCCCCGGCCGUGGCUCUGGGCCAAUGCCCGCUGGUGGGGCCAGGCCCCAUGCACCGCCGCCACCUGCUGCUCCCUGCCAGGGUCCCUAGGCCUGACCUAUCGGAGGCGCGUUCCUUGCUCCUGUUCGCCGCUGCUCUGGCUGUUGCCGCCGCCCUGGGCUGCAUUGGGUUGGUGGCCUGCGCCAGCCAUCUCGCCGCAGUCUGACCCCGUCGGGGAGCCGCCUUCUCCGCCUGAACCCUAGAACCCGAGCCUGUCCUACACUCGGGCUCUGCUGGAGGGUUGGGUUACCGAGGCAGGGCCCAGAAGCCCCUCCCAUCUCCUCCCAGUUCACAACACUCCAAGCGUGGGUCUCCGCCCCAGCUUCAGCCCCGUGAUCCGGGCCCGCCCCCUGGCGGCCGGGGAGGGAGGAGCCGGGGCUGCGGCUCCAGGGAGGUUUGUAGCGGGGAG